AUAGAGAUGCAGAUCUGUGUGAAGACCCUAACAGGCAAGACCAUCACCCUUGAGGUCGGGCCCAAUGACACUAUUGAGAAUGUCAAAGCUAAACUCCAAAACAAGGAGGGUAUCCCACCUGACCAGCAGCGUCUGAUUUUUGCAGGCAAACAGCUGGAGGAUGGCCGCACUCUCUCAGACUAUAAUAUCCAGAAAGCGUCCACUCUGCACUUGGUGCUUCGUCUGCGGGAUGGUAUCAUCAAGCCUUCCCUCAGCCAGCUUGCCCAGAAGCACAACUGUGACAAGCCGAUCUGCUGCAAGUGUUAUGCUUGCCUUCAUCCCCGUGCUGUCAACUGCCGCAAGAAGUGUGGCCACACCAACAACCUAUGCCCCAAGAAGAUGGUCAAAUGA